CAGGGAAGAGUUCCGCGGGAGAGCCCCAACAAGCGGGCCGAGUAGCAUUGCCGAGGUCGAGGCGGCCCCUUCUUAACCUUCGGAAGGCAAGUCAUUACACUUCACUCCGUACUGGGGACGCAGGUCGUCUACUUAAAUCGAGUAUCGUCAUCUGCCAGAGAUUCGGAGUCCUUUUACUUUCUUACUCUCCCCUUUCACCUCCUCUGACUCCAUCUUCUCAAUUUCCCGCAACCAUGCAGCCAUCCAUGCUCCGCACGGCCUCGCGCCACCUUCAAUCGGCAACCCGCCGCUGCCAGACUCCCACGUCGGCGCGGGGGUUUGCGACUGCGUUCAAUUGGGAAGAUCCGUUAGCGGCGUCGGAACUGUACACAGCAGAGGAAUUGGCGAUUCAGGACACGGCCAGACAAUACUGCCAGGAACGCCUGCUCCCGCGCGUCCUCGAUGCCUACCGCCACGAAAACUACGACCGCAAGAUCUUGGAGGAGAUGGGCGAAUUGGGUCUGCUGGGCGCCAGCAUCGAGGGGUACGGCUGCGCCGGAGCCAGCACCGUCGCGUCCGGGUUGAUCACCAAGGAAGUCGAGCGCGUCGACUCGGGCUAUCGAUCGGGGAUGUCGGUGCAGAGCUCGCUGGCGAUGACGGCCAUCCAUGAUUUCGGCACGCAGGAGCUCAAGGAUCGUCUGCUGCCUGGGUUGGCCAAGGGCAAGCUGGCGGGCUGCUUCGGGCUGACUGAACCCAAUCACGGCUCGGACCCGGGGUCUAUGGAGACGGUUGCGCGCGAACAUCCCACGAAGAAGGGCGUCUAUCUCCUGUCCGGCUCCAAGACCUGGAUCACCAACUCCCCUAUCUCGGACGUCCUGAUCAUCUGGGCCAAGCUGGAGUCUACGGGUAAGAUCCGCGGUUUCGUCGUCGAGCGGGACCAGUGCCCUGCGGGGACAUUGGAAACGCCCGCGAUCAAGAACAAGUCUGCCCUGCGCGCCUCCAUCACGGGGAUGAUCCAAUUGGACGACUGCCCGGUGCCUGCGGAGAACAUGUUCCCCGAGGUGCAGGGGCUGACGGGUCCGUUCACCUGUCUGAACAGCGCGCGGCUGGGCAUCGCCUUCGGGGCCAUGGGCGCCCUCGAGGACUGUCUCAGCCGGGCGCGAACCUACGCGCUCGAACGGAAGCAGUUCAAGGGAAACCCGCUGGCCAAGUACCAGCUGAUCCAGAAGAAGCUGGCCGACGCCGCCACGGACGCAGCGUACGGAACCCUGGCCGCCACGCAGGUCGCGCGUCUCAAAGACGAGGGCAAAUCGACGCCGGAGAUGAUCUCGAUGGUCAAGCGACAGAACUGUGAUCGGGCGCUAGCGAAUUCCCGCAUCCUGCAGGAGAUCUUCGGCGGGAAUGCAACCUCCGACGAGUACGGGAUUGCGCGACAUGCAGCGAAUUUGUUUGUUGUGCAAACGUACGAGGGCCAGAGCGAUAUUCACGGUAUGUACCUUCUGAUCCAUGUCUAGUUGGUGGCUGUGAUGGCUGAUGAUUGGUGUAGCGUUGAUCCUGGGACGCGCCAUUACUGGGGUCCAGGCGUUUGUCUAAAAAUAUCCAAGUUGGUGGUAGAUUGUACAUAGAAUUGAAUA